GAUUUCUUCGAUUGCUUCGUCGUUUCGUUCUGGGUUUUGUUCUUCGUGUUCUAACUCUGUUUGGCUGCUUUGUAAAGUUCUUCCCAUCGUCGUUCUUCUUUUUGCUUUUCGCUCGGUCGUCUCAUGAAUUUUAUGUUUUGAUCUUAACCAGCCGUUGCAUCUGUUACCGAUCUGGCUUUUCGGAAGAAAAUUUCAUGUGUUUCACCAAAAAAGAUUGGAUAUUUUAACUGUUUGAGCUAUUGAAUGAGGGUCUGAAUUCUCGUUUUCUGUUCCUUUCUGGGUCAAGUUGCUGUAUGGUUAUGUUGAAGAUGGGUGGAGACGUCAUGGAGGAUGAUUGGGAAUUGGCUUCGCCGUCAAACCCGGCUCGAACCCUAGUUCUGGUUGGGCGUACAGGCAACGGGAAAAGCGCCACGGGGAACAGCAUCCUUGGAAGAAAGGCGUUUAAGUCAAGAGCAAGUUCAAUAGGUGUAACAAGCACGUGUGAAUCACAAAGAGUUGAACUAGAAGAUGGUCAGAUCAUCAAUGUAGUUGAUACUCCAGGUUUGUUUGAUUUGUCCACGGCCACCGAAUUCAUUGGUAAAGAGAUUGUCAGGUGCAUAAGUUUGGCUGAAGAUGGAAUCCAUGCCGUGCUGUUGGUUUUCUCGGUUAGGGGCCGGCUAACUGAAGAAGAACAGUCUGCUCUCCGUCAAUUGCAGACCCUUUUCGGGACAAAAAUUGUUGACUACAUGAUUGUUGUUUUCACCGGGGGUGAUGAAUUGGAGGAGAAUGACGAGACACUGGAGGAGUAUUUGGCCCAGGGUUGCCCCGAGUUCCUGAAGGAAAUUCUCGCUCUUUGUGACAAUCGGUUGGCGUUGUUUGAUAACAAAACUAAAGAAAAACGCAAGAAAGCUGAGCAAAUCCAGAAUCUUCUCACGCUGGUCGAGUCCGUUGUGAGGAGGAACAGUGGGAAACCAUACACAGACGAGUUAUUCCGCGAAUUACAGGAAGAGGCAAUCAAGCUCAGGGACCAGCAGAAGGAGAUUGAGUCGUUGAAGGGCUAUUCGAAGAAAGAGAUAUCAGAGUUGAAGAAGCAGAUAGAGAAGUCAUAUGAACUGCAACUGGGCAGAAUCACAGAGAUGGUGGAGACGAAGCUGAAAGAAACAGCGACGAGGCUUGAGCAGCAGCUGGCUGAAGAACAAGCGGCGAGAAUGGAAGCGGAGAAGAGAGUGAACGAGGUUCAGAAAAGGUCCAUCGAUGAGAUCAUGAAUCUGAGAAAGAACCUGGAGAAGGCUGAGAGAGAGACUGAGGAGCUCCGCAAAAAAAUGGGGAAGUGCAUCAACCUCUGAGAUUUCAUAUGAUGAAAAAAGAUUGAUUCCUCGUACUUGAAGUUGAUCUUGUUCCGUUUAUGUCCGUAUAUGAUAGAUUUGCGUAUGUUACCUUCGCAUCAUCAUCGUCAUGCAUGCAUGUUUAUUAUGUA